CUUGGAUGUUGUUCUCACGGGAAUGCAAGGACCUCGACGCUUACUCAAGGCGAGGCAUUGGCAUUUCUGUAGGGAAAUACCACAGCAUCGAGAGGAAGACGUACAAAACCAACUUGUUGGUCAUGCAUCAUGACUCAUGAGCGGCCUGGUCUGGCGACAACAGAGGGCAACAUCAUAUUUUAGUAGGCAAUUUUGGGCUAUUUCAAGUUGGUUGCCAGGAGGUAAAGUUCACACCCGCAUUAUUGAACGUGACUUGGCCUUUUCCUCCGAUGAAGCGAGGAAACGAUAUCGACACUUCCCAAGUCGACGGGAAUGUUUCCCCGGAAAUAAAACACAGGAUGCUCCGCGCUCUGCAAUCCAUGCGGUGCUCAACUGGCAAGCCUUCUAGCAGUUUCGAAAACAUGAUUGCGUCCCGGUUGCAAUUAACAGAGGCAUCUACAUUGUCAAAGACCGAGGAACCGGAGAAGUUUGAAGGUCGUGUCGUUAUUCAGGUGAUUGUGGACGAAGAGUUGCUUAAUAUCGAUCAAAACGUCCACGGUGGAUGUACGGCCAUGAUAAUUGACAUUUGCUCGACAAUGCCCAUUUACGUCCUUGGGGCCUCGACAAGCGGUCAUGGCGAAUUUGGCGUAUCACAGUCUUUGAACAUUGUGUACCAUUCACCAGCAUUGUUGGGAGACAAGCUACGCGUUGUGAGCACAACACUCGCUCUUGGCAGCCGGGCACUCUCAAGUCGUUGUGAAGUAUGGAAUGUUACGCGACACCGAUUGGUAGCAUCAGCUGUGCACAUUAAGAUGGUGCCAUCCAAACCUAAGGCAUCUGAAUCUGCCAAACUCUGACCUGGGUGCGGUCACAAGUCUAGGUGACAUGUUGAUUUACACAUACCACAAUCAUUAUAUGGCUGUUUUGAAAGUAGUCCUCUGGCCUGCUCGUAUUCUGCAUGGAUUCUAGCACUCUGUUCAUUUAUAAGCUAAUCUCGCGUAACCUUAGUUUCCUCAAUUACACUGGCUACGACUCAGGGAAAACCUUCGGGUAACGGGCUGAAAAUUCCCCGGUCACGUGACUGUUUGAAGA